UCCCGCCCCGGUAACUUCCAGAGCGAAUAACAACUAGCUUUAAAAAGUGCCCGGCGCGCAGCCCCUCCCCGCGGGCAGCGCACUAUGCUGCUCGGGUGGGCGUCCCUGCUGCUGUGCGCGCUCCGCCUGCCCCUGCUCACCGCCAGCGCCGCCGCGGCACCUGCCCAGGAUAAAGCCGAGCCGCCUCGGGCUGCUGCUGCAGCGGCCGCCCAGCCCCGCCGGCCGCAGGGGGAGGAGGCGCCGCCGGAGCCCGCCGAGCCUCGGGGCCGCCCGCACCCCCGCGCGGGGCUGGUGCAGAACAUCGACCAGAUCUACGCGCGCGGAGGCAAGGUGGGCUACCUCGUCUACGCGGGCGGCCGGCGGUUCCUGCUGGACCUGGAGCGGGAUGACUCGGUGGGCGCCGCUGGACUGCUGCCCGCGGGAGGCGGGUCGAACUCCAGUCGUCGCCAUCCGGGCCACUGCUUCUACCGGGGCACGGUGGACGGCAGCCCCCGGUCCCUGGCCGUCUUCGACCUCUGCCGGGGACUCGACGGCUUCUUCGCCGUCCGGCACGCGCGCUACACCGUGAAGCCGCUGUGGCGCGGGCCCUGGGCCGAGACCGAGGCCGGGCGCGUGUAUGGGGACGGAUCCGCGCGCAUCCUGCAUGUCUAUACCCGCGAGGGCUUUAGUUUCGAGACCCUGCCGCCGCGCACCAGCUGCGAGACGCCGGCGGCCCCGCCCGGGCACCGCCGCCAACGCACCCCCGCGCACGGCCCAUCCGAUCGCCGCUGGACGCUGGCCGGACAGUUCCAGGAGCGCUCGGGUUCUUCCGACGACGGGGGCCAGGGGCCACCUACGUGGUGGCGGCGACGGCGCCGCUCAGUCUCCAGGGCCCGCCAGGUGGAGCUGCUGCUGGUGGCCGAUGCGUCCAUGGCACGGAUGUAUGGCCGGGGCCUGCACCAUUACCUGCUGACACUGACGUCCAUCGCCAACCGCCUGUACAGCCACGCCAGCAUCGAGAACCACAUCCGCCUGGCCGUGGUGAAGGUGGUGGUACUCGGCGACAAGGACAAGAGCCUGGAGGUGAACAAGAACGCCGCCACCACGCUCAAGAACUUCUGCAAGUGGCAGCAUCAACACAACCAGCUGGGGGAUGACCACGAAGAACACUACGACGCCGCCAUCCUGUUUACGAGGGAGGAUUUAUGUGGGCAUCAUUCAUGUGACACCCUGGGGAUGGCAGACGUGGGGACCAUAUGUUCUCCAGAGCGCAGCUGUGCUGUCAUUGAAGAUGACGGUCUGCAUGCAGCUUUCACGGUGGCUCACGAAAUUGGGCAUCUCCUUGGCCUGUCCCAUGAUGAUUCCAAAUUCUGCGAAGAGAAUUUUGGUUCCACAGAAGAUAAACGCUUAAUGUCUUCCAUCCUGACCAGCAUUGAUGCAUCCAAACCCUGGUCCAAAUGCACCUCAGCCACCAUCACUGAAUUCCUGGACGAUGGCCAUGGCAACUGUUUGCUGGACCUCCCACGGAAGCAGAUUCUGGGUCCUGAAGAACUUCCUGGCCAAACCUAUGAUGCCACCCAGCAGUGCAACCUGACCUUCGGCCCCGAGUACUCCGUGUGCCCUGGCAUGGACGUGUGUGCCCGUCUCUGGUGUGCUGUGGUGCGCCAGGGUCAGAUGGUGUGUCUGACCAAGAAGCUGCCUGCCGUAGAGGGGACACCCUGCGGGAAAGGGAGGAUUUGCCUGCAGGGCAAGUGUGUGGACAAAACCAAGAAAAAAUAUUAUUCAACAUCGAGUCACGGUAACUGGGGUUCCUGGGGAUCAUGGGGUCAGUGCUCUCGCUCGUGUGGAGGAGGAGUCCAGUUUGCCUAUCGCCACUGUAAUAACCCAGCCCCCAGGAACAGUGGGCGCUACUGCACAGGAAAGAGGGCCAUCUACCGGUCCUGCAGUGUCGUUCCCUGCCCGCCUACCGGUAAAUCAUUUCGCCAGGAGCAAUGUGAAGCUAAAAAUGGCUAUCAGUCUGAUACAAAAGGAGUGAAAACCUUUGUAGAAUGGGUCCCAAAAUAUGCGGGCGUCCUGCCGGCAGAUGUGUGCAAACUAACCUGCAGAGCCAAGGGGACCGGUUACUAUGUGGUCUUCUCCCCCAAGGUGACGGAUGGAACUGAGUGUAGGCCAUACAGUAAUUCUGUCUGCGUGCGGGGAAAGUGUGUGCGAACUGGCUGUGAUGGUAUCAUCGGGUCCAAGCUGCAGUAUGACAAGUGUGGGAUAUGUGGAGGAGACAACUCCAGCUGUACAAAGGUUGUAGGCACCUUCAAUAAGAAAAGCAAGGGUUAUACUGAUGUUGUAAGGAUUCCAGAAGGUGCAACCCAUAUAAAAGUUCGACAAUUCAAAGCCAAAGACCAGACUCGAUUCUCUGCCUACUUGGCCUUGAAGAAGAAGAAUGGUGAGUACCUGAUCAAUGGGAAGUACAUGAUCUCCACUUCUGAAACAAUCAUCGACAUCAAUGGUACCGUCAUGAACUACAGCGGUUGGAGCCACCGGGAUGACUUUCUGCAUGGGAUGGGCUAUGCAGCCACCAGGGAAAUCCUGAUUGUGCAGAUUCUUGCCACAGAUCCUUCUAAAGCAUUAGACGUCCGUUAUAGUUUUUUUGUUCCCAAGAAAUACACUCAAAAAAUAAACUCUGUCACAGUUCAUGGAGGCAAUAAAGUGGGAUCACAUGCUCCCCAACUGCAGUGGGUGACGGGGCCAUGGCUGGCCUGUUCGAGGACCUGUGACACAGGCUGGCACACCAGGACAGUGCAGUGCCAGGAUGGGAACCGGAAGUUAGCCAAGGGAUGUCUUCUCGCCCAGAGGCCUUCUGCGUUUAAGCAGUGUUUGCUAAAGAAGUGUUAGCCAGUGGCUCGGAUCUUACCCAUAGGGAUAACAAAUGGAUCAGUCAUGGUGACAAAGAGGUCUGCCUAAAGCACAGAAAGUCACGUACCACCGUCAUUGUCAAAGGGAACGCAAGUCGGGCCAAAGUCUGCUCCUGGUGACCAAACGGAGCAGCGUGAUUAUUUCCUGGACAAAGGUGACCUUGGAUGUAGACAAACUUGGAAGUUAUUGAACAUCCCCCAUCUGACCAGAAUGAAAAGACACCGAUGAAUGUAGAAUCAGGGGACAUUUGAAGAUGGCAGUGCACUCUCCCCUUGUCAUCUACCUCUCAAAGAAUGUCUUCAAAGGCAUUAUAGUUGUUUUCACCCAUAAUACAUGGUAGCUUAUUUUUACUGUUUGUAGAUAUGUUCUUUCCUUGGUAUGUCACUUUAUAUCACUCAGUUCUAUUAAAAUUAUAUAUAGAGAGAUUAUAGAUAUAUAUAUUUCUAUUAAAAAAGAAAGUGGUUGACCAAAGUAGGUCUGCAGCUAUUUCAACUUCUUCCAGUUUCCAGAAAGAGCUGUGGAUGUUUUACUGGAGAUUAACAACUUGCUGCUCUUUCCCUGAGCUAGAGUGUAUUUUCAGGCUAUAGGAGAUUUUAAUCAGAAACUUUUAAAAGCAAGCAUCUUCUGCGAAAUUCUGCAAAGGAAAAAGACUGCAGUAUAUCAAGUCAUUAAAGAGCCUGAAUGGAUCCAUUUACUUAAACCUUUGAGUAUACUUUUCUUCAGGCAGACAGUCAUAUUAAUGCAGAUGUAGGAUGUAAAGGUAGCAUGGGGCUUGUGUACAUCAUUGGUAUUCAAGAGUCUACAAAUCAGUGUCCUUACUUUCAAACCGUAUUUCACAACAAAAAUAAAAUUGUUUUUUUUCUUAUUUUUCCUUAGUGUAAGAAUUUAAAAGGGAAAAAAAAGACAUUUCCUAUUUUCUAGUUCUAUUUUCACAACUGCUUUCCCUUUCUAUGGCUCAGUUCUGAUAUCUCGUACCAUGUCAUAUUAACACAAAAACACAAAUAAGU